AUGGCUUCUGGUUCGUCUUUCCAAGAGGAGGAUUUGUCCUGUCCUGUGUGCUGUGACGUCUUUAAGGAUCCUGUUCUCCUGUCGUGUGGCCACAGCUUCUGUAAAACCUGUCUGCUGGAAUACUGGAAACAAAGGGAAUGUCGGGAAUGUCCAGUGUGCAGGAGAAAAUGUUCCAAAGAUUGGUAUCCUCCUGACCUUUCUCUAAAGAGCCUGUGUGAGGCCUUCUCACAGUCACAUAUGGAUAGUCAGACAUCAACAAACAAGAUAAGCUCUGAGGCGCUCAGCAGUCUGCAUGGAGAGACACUCAAGCUCUUCUGUCAGGAGGAUAAACAGCCUGUCUGUUUGGUGUGGCAGGAUUCAAGACAACAUAACAACCACAAACCACUAGAUGAGGCUGUAAAGGAUCAUAAGGAGGAACUCCAGACUGCCCUGAAGCCCUUGCAGAAGAAGCUCGAAGUCUUUAAUAAAGUUAAACUAAUCUGUGAUCAAACCGUUUGGCAUAUUAAGAGCCAGACCCAGCACACAGAGAGGCAGAUUAAGGAAGAGUUUCAGAAGCUUCACCAGUUUCUACGAGAGGAAGAGGAGGCCAGGAUAGCUACACUGAGGGAGGAAGAGGAGCAGAAGAGUCAGAUGAUGAAGGAGAAGAUUGAAGAGAUGAGCAGACAGAUAUCAUCACUUUCAGACACAAUCAGAGCCAUUGAGGAGGAGCUGACAGCGGAGGGCAUAUCGUUCCUGCAGAACUACAAAGCCACAGUGAAAAGAGCCCAGUUCACACUGCCGGAUCCACAGCUGGUCUCAGGAGCGCUGAUAGACGUGGCCAAACACCUGGGCAACCUGCAGUUCCGAGUCUGGGAGAAGAUGCAGGGGAUUGUGAAAUACACUCCUGUGAUUCUGGACCCCAACACUGCCUACCGACAUUUCGUCAUGUCUGAGGAUCUGACCAGUCUGAGAUUCUGUGCGAGUCAGCAGCUUCCUGACAACCCAGAGAGGUUUGAUUACAAUGCAUGGGUCCUGGGCUCUGAGGGUUUUAACUCAGGGACACACAGCUGGGACGUUGAGGUUGGGGACAGCACAGUCUGGUCCGUGGGUGUCGUACAAGAGUCCGCCCAGAGGAAGGGAAACAUGAAGCCUGAAAGGUGGAUUGUGCAUUAUAGUGGAGGUCAAUACGGAGCAAGCCCCCCAUCAGGGCCAGGUAUUCCCAUCACAGUGAGACCGAAACCCCAGAGGAUCAGAGUGCAGCUGGACUGGGACAGAGGACAGCUGUCAUUCUCUGACCCUGAUAAUAACACACAUCUGCAGGCAUUCACACACACCUUUACUGAGAGAGUCUUUCCAGCCAUAGGUCAUGUCUCGAAAGUUCACCACCUGAAGAUCGUACCAGGGAAGAUCUCUGUAAAGAUGGAGUAGACUCCGCCCCCUACUGGGCAUCAUCAGUAACACACACACAUGAGAUGGAUUGAGAGAGAGAGACAUUU